UUUUUGCAUUAAUUUUUAAAGAAUUUGAUAUUUUUUUUUAUUAUUAUUCUUUCUUCCUUGUAAUAAUUAACCGUUAUAUUAAUGACCAUUACGGAAAACACGUCUUGGGCAGAAUCUAUCCCGCCAAAACAAGGACUGUAUGAUCCAGACUAUGAAAAGGAUGCAUGCGGUGUUGGAUUUAUAGUUCAAAUUGAUGGCACACGUUCACAUAAAAUUCUGAGUGACGCCAAAAGUAUUUUAUGUAAUAUGACGCAUCGUGGUGCCAGCGGUGCUGAUAUUCGCGAUGGCGAUGGUAGUGGUAUCAUGACAGGUAUUCCGGAUAAUUUUUUUCGCAUUGAAGCCAAACGUGAAUUAAAAUUGGAUUUGCCGCCUGAGGGACAGUAUGCUGUAGGAAACUUGUUUAUGAAGUCUGAUUUCUUGGUGGAAAGUAAACAAGUAUUUGAAAAAUUAGCAGAAGCACUUGAAUUGAAGGUUUUGGGCUGGCGUCAUGUUCCUCAUGAUUCAACCAUUAUUGGACCUGCUGCCAAAUCAAAAGAGCCCGUCAUUGUGCAACCCUUUGUUGUUGGUCCUCAUCUGGACGAAAGGCAAUUUGAAAGACAGCUCUAUGUUCUUCGUAAACACGCCACUCAUACUUUGACCAUGAAAAAAUGGUUUUAUGUAUGCUCCCUUUCCAACAAAAAUAUUGUUUACAAGGGUCAAUUAACACCCAAACAAGUCUAUGCAUAUUUUUAUGACUUAGUUAACGUAAAGUAUGAGACUCACUUUACUUUAGUACAUUCCCGUUUUUCUACAAACACAUUUCCCUCUUGGGAUCGUGCUCAACCUAUGCGAUGGAGUGCACAUAAUGGUGAAAUCAACACUUUACGUGGAAAUAAGAAUUGGAUGCGAUCACGUGAAGGUUUGAUGCAAUCUGAUACGUUCGGUGCCGGUCUUGAAUAUUUGUACCCGAUUAUUGAGGAAGGUGGAUCUGAUUCAGCAGCAUUUGAUAAUGUUUUAGAGCUUUUAGUUGUCAAUGGUGUUCUAACUUUGCCAGAAGCUGUCAUGGUGAUGAUUCCUGAGGCAUGGCAAAACAAUCCACAGAUGGAACCUGAGAAAAAGGAGUUCUAUCAAUGGGCUGCCACGUUAAUGGAGCCAUGGGAUGGACCAGCGCUCUUUACGUUCUCUGAUGGUCGAUAUAUAGGGGCCUCUCUUGAUCGUAACGGUCUUCGCCCGUGUCGCUAUUAUAUGACUACAGAUGGCAUCAUGUUAUGCGCCUCCGAGGUUGGUACAAUUUCAUUAGACCCGGAAGUAAUCGUCGAAAAAGGAAGAUUACAACCAGGAAAAAUGCUUCUUGUGGAUACCCAAGAAGGCCGUGUCGUAGAUGAUGUUGAACUGAAACUCAAGACUGCACAAAAAGCCAAGUUUGGUGAAUGGGUGAAGCAACGUAUUGAUCUGGAGACACUUGUCACCAAAUUGACUGGAGAUAAUUAUCAAGACGAAUUGGAUGAUACAUUGUUGCACAAAGACCCCCGUAUGAGAGCUUUUGGUUAUACUUUGGAGCAAAUCAAUCUUUUAAUGUUGCCAAUGGUAAACGAAGGUAAAGAACCUUUGGGUUCGAUGGGUAACGAUACCUCCUUGGCUUGUCUGUCAAAGCAGCCACGUCUUGUCUUUGAAUACUUUAGACAAUUGUUUGCUCAAGUUACAAAUCCUCCUAUUGAUCCUAUUCGUGAGGAAAUAGUCAUGUCUCUCGAAUGUUAUGUGGGCCCCGAAGGAAAUCUUUUGGAAAUGAAUGAAAAGCAAUGUAACAGGCUUAUUUUGAAAUCGCCAAUCUUGACUAUGAAAGACAUUUCUGCUAUCAAACAAAUGACUAAACUUUAUUCUGAAUGGAAGGUUGCUACUAUCGACAUUACUUUUCCUCGUGAAGAAGGCGUGCAAGGUUACGUUAAUGCGCUCGAAAGAGCUUGCAACGAAACUACGCAAGCAAUCAAAAAUGGUUACAAGGUAGUUAUCUUAACAGACCGUGCCGUAGGUCCCACCCGUGUUUCUAUAUCUUCAUUAAUUGCCAUGGGUGGCGUGCAUCAUCAUCUGGUCCGAAACAAAUUGCGUAGUCAAGUUGCGUUGAUGAUUGAAACAGCCGAGGCAAAAGAGGUGCAUCACUUUUGUGUCUUGUUGGGCUAUGGUGCUGAUGCUAUUUGCCCUUAUCUAGCAAUGGAAGCUAUGCUGAAACUAAUCCGUGAAGGUGCUGUUCGUGAGGGCGUUACCCAAGAGAAAGUUAUUUAUAAUUAUAAAAAAGCCAUCGAUAACGGCAUCAAAAAAGUCAUGUCAAAGAUGGGUAUUUCCACGUUGGCUUCUUAUAAAGGUGCUCAGAUCUUUGAGGCACUGGGUGUGGAUGACAGUGUCAUCUCUCGUUGCUUUGUAGGUACUGCUUCUCGUAUCAAAGGUGUUACAUUUGAUAUAUUUGCCUUGGAUGCACUUGCUUUACAUGAAAUGGGAUACCCUAUGCGUAACAGAGUUCAACCAUUGACUUUACCCGAGUCUGGUGAGUAUCAUUGGCGAAGUGGUGGCGAGGCUCAUCUUUUCGAGCCUUCAAGUAUGGCUAAUCUUCAGAACGCUGUUCGUACCAAAACUCAGUCAUCAUACGAUGCUUAUUCUCGCGCCUCUUAUGAAGCUGUUCGACAAUGUACCUUGCGUGGUUUAUUAAAAUUUGAUUAUGAAUCAUGCAAACCCAUUCCUAUUGAGCAAGUCGAACCUUGGACCAAUAUUGUGAAGAGAUUUGUAACGGGUGCCAUGUCGUAUGGUUCUAUUUCUUGGGAAACACAUACUGCUUUGGCCAUAGCUAUGAAUACGUUAGGAGGAAAAUCUAAUACAGGUGAAGGAGGAGAAAAGCCAGAAAGAUCUCAGCCUUUAUCGGAUGGACGUAGUAUGCGAUCAGCUAUCAAGCAGGUUGCUUCUGGGCGAUUCGGUGUCACCAGUUUCUAUUUGGCAGAUGCUGAGGAGCUUCAAAUUAAGAUGGCGCAAGGAGCAAAACCUGGUGAAGGAGGUGAAUUAGCAGGUUCGAAAGUUUCGGAGGAAAUUGCUUCCACGCGUAAAACUACUCCUGGUAUUGGUUUGAUCUCUCCUCCGCCUCAUCACGAUAUUUACUCGAUUGAAGAUUUGAAACAAUUGAUUUACGAUCUAAAAUGUGCCAAUCCUCGCUCUAGAGUGUCUGUAAAGCUUGUCUCUGAAGUCGGUGUAGGCAUCGUUGCUGCCGGUGUUGCCAAAGCAAAAUCAGACCAUAUUUUAAUCUCUGGUCAUGACGGUGGAACUGGUGCCUCUCGUUGGACAGGUAUCAAGUAUGCUGGUCUUCCUUGGGAGUUGGGGUUAGCCGAAACUCAUCAAACACUUGUUCUAAAUGAUUUACGUGGUCGUGUUAUUGUGCAAACUGAUGGCCAGAUUAAGACAGGUCGAGAUAUUGCCAUUGCUUGUUUACUAGGAGCUGAGGAGUGGGGAUUUGCAACGACACCUCUCAUAGCACUUGGUUGUAUCAUGAUGCGAAAAUGUCAUUUGAAUACGUGUCCAGUCGGUAUCUGUACCCAGGAUCCCGAAUUAAGAGCCAAAUUUCAAGGAGCCCCUGAGCAUGUCAUUAAUUUCUUUUAUUAUAUUGCCGAAGAAUUAAGAACUUACAUGUCCAAACUUGGAUUCAAGACAAUUCAAGAGAUGGUGGGUAAUUGUCAGGUGUUGAAAGUGGAUGAUUCUCUUCGUACUUUUAAGACUGCUAAUUUGGAUCUGUCGCCUAUCUUAACACCGGCUCAUACACUGCGUCCCAAUGUAGCCACAUACUGUAUUAAAAAACAGCAGCAUAAUUUACAUACACGUCUAGAUAAUUACCUCAUUGAUGAAUCUGAUCCUGCCUUUGUCAGCAAACAAAGGGUAAAGAUUGAAUCCGAGAUUGUGAAUACAGAUCGUGCGGUUGGUGCAACACUUUCUUACCACGUUUCUAAAAAAUUCGGGGAACAUGGCCUACCCUCAGAUACAAUCCAUGUCAAUUUUACAGGCUCAGCAGGCCAAUCGUUUGGUGCGUUUUUGGCCCCUGGCAUAUUUUUUGAACUGGAAGGAGACUCCAAUGAUUAUGUUGGUAAGGGUCUCUCGGGUGGGAAAAUAGCCAUUUACCCACCUAAAUCAAGCCAAUUUAAGGCCCAGGAGAACGUGAUUAUUGGUAAUGUUUGUCUUUACGGAGCUACUUCCGGCCAGGCUUUUUUCUCGGGUAUUGCAGCAGAGCGGUUCUGUGUAAGAAAUUCAGGUGCCAUGGCGGUGGUAGAAGGAGUAGGAGAUCAUGGGUGUGAGUACAUGACAGGUGGACGUGUGGUCAUCUUGGGAAAAACAGGACGAAAUUUUGCUGCCGGUAUGUCGGGGGGAAUCGCCUAUGUUUUAGAUCAGGAACAAAAGUUUAAAAAUAAUGUAAAUAUGGAAAUGGUUGAUUUGGAGACAGUUAAUUCAGAUGAAGAAACAAGUGAAUUGCGCUCUUUGAUCGAAGACCACCUGCAUUAUACUGGAUCGGAGGUUGCGAGACUCAUACUCAAGGAUUUUAAUAAAUGGAUACCAAAGUUUGUGAAAGUCAUGCCUAUCGAGUAUCGAAAUUUGCUUGAAAAGAAAAAGAACGAAAUCAAAGAGGUCAAGAAAUGUGAACAACACGUAGCUGAACCUCAAGUCGAAGAUGUGGAAGACUCAGUUCUGGAUGAAGAAACGAUACAAGCACGUCGAAACAAACUGGAUAAAUUACGAGGGUUCAUGAAAUACAAACGUAAAACAGAUCCUUACCGUGAUCCCAAAAAGAGAAGCCAUGACUGGAAUGAAAUCAAUCAUCGGCUGAGUCGACAAGAAUUGCAUGUGCAGGCUGCUCGGUGCAUGGAUUGUGGUGUUCCUUAUUGUCAGACUGAAACCGGGUGUCCUAUUGGAAAUGUUAUCCCCAAAUGGAAUGAACUGGUUUUUAAGGAUACUUGGAAGGAUGCAUUAGACCGUCUCCUGAUGACCAAUAAUUUCCCUGAAUUCACGGGUCGUGUCUGCCCGGCCCCAUGUGAAUCAAGUUGUGUUUUAGGUAUCAAUGAAGCACCCGUGGCAAUUAAAAGUAUUGAGGGAGCUAUUAUCGAUCGCGGAUUUGACGAAGGAUGGAUCCAACCGCAGCCACCUACUCACCGUACUGGUAAAAAAGUGGCUAUUAUCGGUUCCGGACCUGCGGGGUUAGCCGCUGCCGACCAAUUGAACAAGGCUGGUCACCUUGUUACUGUUUAUGACCGGAACGAUCGUAUGGGAGGUCUUUUAAUGUAUGGUAUUCCCAACAUGAAGCUAGACAAGAAAAUUGUACAGCGCCGUGUGGAUCUUUUAUCAGAAGAAGGUGUUGUAUUUGUCCCUAAUGCCAAUGUCGGAGUUGAUAUCGAUGUAAAUAAUAUUCGGGAUAAGAACGAUGCCUUAAUUGUUGCUACAGGUGCCACUUGGCCUAGAGACUUGCAAAUUCCUGGUCGAGAUUCUGAUGGCAUUCACUUUGCUAUGGACUUUUUACAGGCGAACACCAAAAGUUUGCUUGAUUCGGGCUUGAAAGAUGGUCACUAUCUAUCUGCCAAAGAUAAGAAUGUGAUUGUCAUUGGUGGUGGUGAUACCGGUAAUGAUUGCAUUGGUACUUCUGUUAGACAUGGAUGUGCUUCAGUCAUAAACUUUGAGCUUUUACCUCAACCUCCCCCAACAAGAGCUAGCGAUAACCAAUGGCCUCAGUAUGCCAAGGUCUUCAAGAUAGAUUACGGUCAUGCGGAAGUUCUGGCUCAAUAUGGUCGAGAUCCUCGUGAAUACUGCGUGGUAUCAAAAGAAUUUGUAAAGCAAGACAAUAAAGUCAUUGGAAUAAAUACUGUGCGCGUAGAAUGGACCAAGUCUGCUGAUGGAAAAUGGUCCAUGAAAGAAUUGCCUGGGACAGAAGAGUUUUUCAAAGCCGACCUGGUGUUACUCUCAAUGGUAUAACAGGUAUUUGUUUUGUUUAUAAACUGAGAUAUUAAUACAAUAUGCAGGGUUUUAUGGGACCUACCAAAGAGCUGAUUAGCCAGAUGGGUUUGAAUCAGGAUACGCGCACAACAAACAUAAGCACACCCAAAGGUAGAUAUGUGACUUCUGUACCUAAUGUCUAUGCAGCAGGUGAUUGUAGAAGAGGCCAAUCUCUGAUUGUCUGGGGCAUUAAUGAAGGUCGCAUGUGUGCAAGAGAAGUAGAUGAAGCUUUAAUGGGAAGUACUUAUCUACCAGUUACCGGAGGGAUCCAACAACGUUCGGCAAUUCCUUCUGCUUUAGCCUGAGAAUAAAGCAGACCCUUUUCUUUUUUGUCAAUGAACUUUAAAUGAAUUAGCAUAAUAAACUCUUAUUUUAUGCAAUUUUUUGGCUAGACUCUUAAAAGAAUAAAUAUUUGUCGACAAUCAUGUCUUUUUAAGAUUUUUACCGAAAA